CGGCCUCGUGUUCGGCGUCAAGCGGGUUCGUUCGAUGCCAAGGGAUGAUGAGCACCAUGCCAGCCACCUGCUCGUGUAUCCGCCCGAGCUGAGUUACGCCAACAUGAAAGCCAGGCGAGACUCCCUCACGUCAGACUCGAGCAUGGCCGACGACGAAUCUCGUUCAACCUCGUCCGACGACAGGGCGCCUCACGCUCAAGACUCCAAGGGUCACCAAGCAGCCGCUUUGGCGCACGAGCGGAUCUAUACGGACGAUCACGAGCCGGCUGGAGGAGACAGAGGUGUGCUUGCUCUGCCCGACGACGAGGAGAAGCUCUUGUCGGGAGCGACGCCGACGAGCAUCGUGGGCACGAGGAAACCUCGCAAGCCAAAGAGACAUGUACUUUUCUCUUCGAGAAAGCCUCUCACGCUCAACAGCAAGCCUGACAUCGGCUAUGACGCUCUCAAGGAUAGCGAGGGCCUGAUCUCCAAUCACCUCCGACCCAUCAGACGGGGCAAGCGCCGCUUCGUCGUGCCAGCUGCCUGCACUGCACUCUUUUUGAUAACAAUACUGCUCGUCGCCUUCUUCGCGGGCCAUGCUCGUUUCAUCUCACAGAACUUGUACCGCGGUCAAGCAGCCGGUUUGCGCAAGAUUACGUUUGAUGAUGCUCUCGGCGGUACGUUCAGGCCCUCGCGCCAGUACUUCAGCUGGCUCAAAGAGGCCGGUGAUGGCGUCUUCUCUUAUCGCACCAAUGAGGGCGGCAUCGAGCUUGAGGAUGUCAAGACGAAUACCACUCGUUCGCUCGUCAAUGGCCACGAUGUCCGCUCCAGUAGCGGCAACAGAUUGGCCUGGCAGAGCUUCGAGGUCUCGAGCGAUAUGACCUGCAUACUCUUUGCAACAGAUGUCACCAAGCUCUUCAGGCAUUCAUCCUAUUCCAAUUUCUGGAUUCACAAUAUCACCAGCAAAGAGACCUAUCCGCUCACCAAAUCUUCCGGCGAGCCGACGACAUCCAUAGCCAAGUGGGCGCCUACAGGACAUGCGAUUGCCUAUGUCGACGCGCAUGAUAUAUACAUCUUGCCGUCUGCUCAUCCAUCAGCUAGCUCAGACCUCAUCAGAUUGACAACCACGGGCAACGAGACGCUCUUUAACGGCGUGCCCGACUGGGUCUAUGAAGAGGAGAUUUUCUCAGGCCCUUCUACGAUGUGGUGGAGUCCAGAUAGUCGCAAGCUAGCCUGGAUCACUUUCGACGAGGCAAGCGUGCCCGAAUUCACCGUGCCGAAAUACAAUCCCAGUCAAUCCGAACCCGGCGCAAAGCCUUACAAUGACGAGCUCGUCAUGCGUUACCCCAAGCCAGGGUUUGCCAAUCCGAUCGCGAAUGUACAUGUAUUCGAUAUAGACGUCUAUGAUAGCGUUCCCCUCCGCCCCGCGCGACCCGGGAGCACGACGCUCGAUCGGACAAGGAUCGAUUCUGCUUCCUUCGAGCUCGGCCUAGACGAUCCUUUCACGCCAGAUGACAAGCUGAUCAUGUCAGUCUCCUGGAUUGGCGAAAGCGAAUUGCUUGUCAAGCAAAGCAAUCGGAUCUCAAACAGGCUCAAAGUCGGCUACUAUGAUUUGAGCAACGCGCAUCGGCAUGCAGGCUCGCAGUACAUUCAUGGCAGAGUCAUUCGGUCGGUUGACUAUGCCCAGCUGGACGGCGGCUGGGUCGAACCCGGUCAGACCGUGCAUGCGCUCACAACAGACAGACCUGGGGCGGAUCAUGCGCCUGGCUACUUGGACAUUCUCGAUGACGAGGACGGCUAUCGUCAUAUUGCCUACUUCUCGCCUUCCGACAGCGGAGAGCCCAUCUUUCUCACAACCGGUCCUUGGGAGGUUGUUGGAAGUAUAGCAAGUGUCGAUUUUGAGCGCAAGCUCAUCUACUUUGUUGGCGCUAAGCCGUCCAUCGAAAGGCACAUCUAUACGGUACCUUUGCCGUCAGCUGACGCUCUCGCGUCCUUGCGCACGAAUGGCCAGCGAUCGGUAAUGACACACAUCUCAGAUACAAGUCAGCCUGGCUAUCAUAGCAUCAGCCUGUCUCCCUAUGCUGGUUAUUAUGUCAUCGAAUCAGCAGGUCCGCAGGUACCUUGGCAAGAGCUUCAUUCUGUGGAUCAUGGCUUCAUUGACACCCUGGAGGACAAUGCCGAUCUGAACAGAACACUUGCUACCUUUGCAUUACCCACUCGCAUCUUCAAGACAAUCACCAUCAAUGGCUUCGAGAUGAAUGUGGCUGAAUGCCGGCCGCCAAACUUUGACGAAAGCGGCCAUCGCAAAUAUCCUGUGCUCUUCCGACCUUAUGGUGGUCCAAAUUCUCAGACCGUUGCGCAGCGUUUCGAGAUGGGUUGGCACGAGUAUCUUGCCGGUUCGCUUGGCUAUGUCAGUGUUAUCGUCGACGCUCGCGGUACUGGCUGGCUCGGCCGCAAGUUCCGCAUGCCUAUACGUGAUCAGCUCGGCAAGCUCGAGAUUGACGAUCAAAUAGCAGCAGCCAGAUUGUAUUCGCGAGAACGCUGGUCAGACUCCAGCAAGAUUGGCAUCUGGGGCUGGAGUUAUGGUGGCUUCCUGACCGCCAAGGCAAUCGAGGCAAACAGCUCCGUGUUCUCACUCGGCAUGGCGGUGGCUCCAGUGACAGACUGGCGCUUUUACGAUUCCGUCUAUGCAGAGAGAUACAUGUCAACACCUAUGUUGAAUCGAGCGGGCUAUGAUACCUCUGCGGUGACCAAGAUGGACGGCUUCAAGAACGCUCACUUUCUGCUGGCGCAUGGCUCGGGCGACGACAACGUUCACUUUCUCAACACCGCAUCCUUGCUCGAUCGCCUUACUUGGUCAGGGGUACGCGGCUUUCGCUUCAGGAUGUUCACGGAUGCGGAUCAUUCGAUAUCGCUACGUAAUGGCUACGGCGAAUUGCAUCACUUCUUGACCGAUUUUCUCAUAGAGAAAUGGGGCGACGGAACGAGAAAGUCGGCGUCUCUGCUCUUCUAAGGAUCAAAUUACAUAUCUUUGUUGUUGUUACACCAUCUGUAAGCUACAUCCUCGGUCGCUUGCUUGCCGACUGCUCACUGAUUCGGACACUCUUGGCUGGCUUGCGAUCGCCAGUCUUCCUUCCUGGCCGACUGGAUUUCUUGACUUUGGCGUCAGAGGAGUUCGAUGAUUCACGCGGUAAAUUGUCAUGAGCUUGUAGGGC